CUAUAAAAAGCAAGCCUGUAACCAGUUAUCUUGGUAUUUAUUUACCCUAAGAACCAGUCAAAUUAGACUCAGAUUGAAACUCAAGGAAAAGUGGGAGAGGCAUUUGAGAACAGGAAGGAGGUUGACGUGAUUUCCGCAGGCUUAGACCGGGGAAAGUUGUUUCCUGAAGUUGACACUGCGCCGAUCAUUUUCGCCCCAAGGUCCUGGUGCUUGUACGACAAUUAGAAAAAAUGACCUCGAAAGGUCCCUCGGACUCUUGGUAGUGGAUUUUGUCCUCGUCAGCCGGCGAGCUGUUUCUGGCGGAGCUGUCCGACGAGAGGAUGAGCUCCAAGGCUGAAGACCCAGAGACGAGCCUACAGGCCCAGCUAGCAGAGUGCCGAGCUCAGGUCGAACACUGGCAGGGUGUGGCGACGAUCUGUGAGCUGAGCAAACAGGAGGAACUGGCAGAGCUGCAAAAACAAUGUGAUCAAGAGAUCCAGUCUCUGCAGGAGGCUCUCAGAGAGACAGCAGCACAGUAUGAGGCCAGGAUAGCUGUUCUUCAGUCCCAGCCUGUGGAGUGGAGGAGAGCCAGUGGACAGAACAUGAUCAGUGGAAGGAAAGCCCGGAUGGAUGCUGAAGUCUCCAGUAAUGAAUCCUCGACAUCGAUCAAUGACAGCCUGACAGAGGCCGAGGCCACGGCGUCAACAGACAGGACGCACAGCCAACCAGCAGAGCUUGAGGCACUGGCAGAGGGAGAAGGGGCGCCGCUUACGACAGAAGGGUAUUUCUCACUGCGGCACUGCGACUCGGCCUCCUUGUCCUCCUUCUCCCUAGACACACCCUCCCUGCCCAGAAAACUCCACGCACAGGAGGACACAGAGUCGCUGGUUUCCACAGGAACUUUGGUGCCUGAAGCCAUUUACCUGCCGCCGGCUGGACACCGGCUGGUCAGACAUAGCGACUGGGAUGCGCUCAAUGCUCAGGUGUCAGAGCUGCGAGGGGAGGUGAGUCGGCUGCAGGCUGAGAAGGAGGAGCUGGAGAGAGAGCUGGACACACAGACCAACCACACACAUAAACAGGUAACAAUGCUCCAGUCUCAGGUCCUGACUUCAGAGGCCCUCCUCCAGGAUUUGCAGAAAUCUUUUAGCCAAUCCCAGAAUGCAGUCCAGAGCCGGCUGGCAGAGCUUUCACUUUCGCAGAGGAAGAUGUGCAGUGAGCUGUCCAGACUGAAAGGAGAGGAGGUUGAGGACGAGGUACCAGACUCAAGCUCGUCAUUCCCGGCAACACUGCAGGGGGCACACUGUGAGGAGCGCCUUCGCAUUGAGAUAGUCAACCUAAGGGAGCAGCUGGACACUCGGACAGAGGAGAACGAUGUUUUAGAAGUGCAGCUGUCCAGUCUGAAGACAGAGACGGAGAGGAUCCAGGCUCAGAAGGACCAGUUGCAGGCUGAACUGCUGGCCUGCCGCACCGAACUGGAAGCCCUGCGGGUGGCACUCUCUCAUGUACAGAGCACCAACAAGGCUCUCAGCAAUGAUAAAGCGGCCCUGCACCAACAGUGUCUGGAGCUGCGAAGUCAAGUGAUCAGCCUGCGAUCCCAGGUCGACACCAGCCAGACUGUACAGAGGGACUUUGUCCAGCUCUCCCAGUCGCUGCAGGUGAAGCUGGAGUUAGUUCGGCAGGCUGAGAGUCUGGACCAGGUCAGGGAAAUCCUGGAGGAGGGAGUCAUUGAAGCUGCUUCCUCGCCUGCGGACGCCUCGUGAGUUUUAGAAACACUUUGGAACCAAAGAGCACGGACCAAGAUGAACCAUCCCUAGAGUGACCAAUAAGGGCCAACUAAUCCUGGCCUGAUUAAAUACAGACGCUGUGGUAAAGUGACCACAGAUCAUCAUAGCUGGUGCUGCGAGCAAAGUGUUGUGACACUGGAGAUACUCCUUAACAGAGACAUGCAGUUUUUGUUUGUUUCAGAGACGAUGGUUUGGUGUCAGUGACUCAAACUGUUGCUCAGUGACCAAAGUAAUCUUUGAUGAACCAUUAAGUCUUUGGAGACACUGUUUAAUUGUCUCACAUUCCCCUUUUCUUACAUCCAAUAACAUGUUAAUGUCUGUACUAAAACAUUUGUAAAUAUAAUCUGUUUAUAAAACUGACAUGACUCCAGCAAAACACUCAACAAUUCAACACUUGAUUUUGCACUGCAUCUGUAACUAAUAUGCAAACUACACAAUCAUUUUCCCAUGCAAUUUUUUUUUCUUUGUGAAGAAAUAUGAGGACCUCUACAAGCAAUGGAUCGCAGUGGAAUAAUGAAUGCACAAAUAGAGACUCUCCUAAAUUAACUGCAAUUCAAAUGGGAUUUUGGUUACAUGUAUCAGUUUGUUGUCUUUUUCUUUAAGCAGUUAACUAUUCCUGUUCUUAGUAAAACCAUAAUAACAUUCAGACUUCAAGCAAAUUUAUGACUUUGGAUUAAGAAAGAAGUAAAAAUCAAUUCAGAAA